CAGCGGCUCCGGCUCGGGGCUCAGGCUACAAAGAAACCUGGUACCUGGCGGUGCUCGCAGUCUACUACCGUACGCUCAUCACGACGCAUCACGCAUCCCGCACGUUCCGCGUCUCGACGUAUCCGUUUUAAGAAUCGGGGAUCACGUAUCCUCCGCGAGGAUCACGUAUCCUGGGGAACGUAUCCAGUUUGCGCCUUGUAUACCCGCUGUACUUGCUCUACUUGCCGUCCACUAAACAGGGCCAAGCGGUGGGCGGAACCUGUAGCUGUAGCAGUAAACGCCGUUGUCCUUGGGCUCUGGACCUCCUGCGCCUGACGUUCGGGGUACCUUUUUGGGGAAGAGUGUUCGCGACUCGACAAUCUCGAUUAGAAUAUCUGCCAAAUGUGUCCAGUCCAGUGAUGGUCUAGUGAGAUGUUCCCAUGGGUGUUUAGUACCAGCAAGGAUACUCACUGUCUAGUGUUCUAAUCCAAGUGUCAACACGCAUUCCAAAGCAACAUCUCACGAUCAAAACAAGUGUCACAAACUUAGAGGUCAAAAACAAAAGAGGAGGCGAUUGGCGGGGAGGGUCUGCCGGUCGUGUAGGUGUCGUGUAAAGCUAAACCAACCAACCAGUGCGAGAACGGUCGUAAGGAUGCGCGACUUUACCAGCCUCUUCGGGAGCCAGUAUCAAUCGAUAUUUGGCGGUUCGACGGGUUCCAGCUGUGCCAGCGCGGAAUGUGGUGGUGGCAGUGGCAGUGGCAACAGUUUGGGCGGUACCAGUGGCUGCGGCACUCCGCAGCGGCGUCGCUCCGAAAGCCUCGGUCCCUUUCGGCGGCGGUUACGAUCCGAAUUUUCGCUUCUCGACUACUUCUUCCACCAACCGAAGCAUGGGCGCCAUACGCGUUACCCGAACCGAACGUUCAUGCUAAUGGCGGCCGGAUUCAUGCUCAUCAUCUGCGGUAGCGUCCUGCACAUACUGGACCCCUACAUGCUCGUCUUCAAGUGGAAGCUGAAAUUCGAGGAAGGCUCGGAGAUAUUCAACCUGUGGAGGACUCCGCCGGUGGAUCUGUACAUUAAGAUCUAUCUGUUUAAUGUGACGAACGCCGAGGACUUUAUGGCCGGUCGAGCGGAUAAGAUGCAAGUGGAGGAGGUGGGCCCGUACGUUUAUAGAGAGCUAAUGUCACACGAUGAAAUAGUGUUCAACGAUAAUGGUACCGUCUCGACCCGACCGCACCAUCCGUUGAUAUUCCAGAAGAGCCUGUCCGGUAAUCUGCGCGAGGAUGAUGUCUUUAUGAUGCCAAACAUUGCGCUACUGAGUAUAGCUCAUGUGGCCUCAAAGCAGGGCUACUUCAUACGGUGGCCUAUCAAUAUGCUAAUUCGGCAGACCAAGAUACAACCACUGGAGCGGCAGACGGCCCGGGAGUUCAUGUACGGCUAUCCGACCACACUGACCACGCUCGGUUACACCUUUCUACCGAACUGGAUCUCCUUCGACAAGGUUGGUCUGAUCGAUCGGAUGUACGACUUUGACGAUGACUUCGAGACGUUCUAUACGGGCGAACCGUCGGCCAGCAUGUCCGGACUGUACGAUACCUACCUGGGAUCGCCCGAUUUGGCGCAAUGGGACGGUAAGCACUGCAGCAACAUCCGCAAUGCAUCCGAUGGUACGAAGUUCAAGAGCUUCAUUCAACCCGACGAUCAGCUGCUGUUCUUCCGGAAGAGCAUGUGCCGUGCGCAGCGAUUGAUCCAAAACGGAACGGACUACCAGGUGGAUGGCCUGAAGGCGACCAAAUUUGUGUUCGAGGACAAUGCACUGGAUAAUGGUGAGAUCGAUCCGCGCAACAAGUGCUACUGUCGGGAAGGUCACUGUUUACCCCGAGGGCUGAUCGAUGUGACGAGCUGCUACUAUGGCUUCCCGAUUGCCCUCAGCUAUCCACACUUUCUCGAUGCCGAUCCGAAGGUGCUGGAGCACGUGAACGGAUCUCGGCCGGAUCCGGUAGCACACCGGACACACUUCAUGAUUAAUCCAGUUUCGGGAUUACCGCUCGAGCUGUCGGUGAAGUUUCAGAUCAAUAUGGCGCUUGGGGAUCUGAGCAGCAUGACCAACUGCGAGAAGUUCUCCAACCUUGUCGUACCUACGCUCUGGUUCGAAAUUAUGAUGCCGGGGCUCCCGAAAACGCUGCUGACGCGGUUUAUCUUCUACCUCAAGAUUCUGCCCGUUGGAGAUCUCGUCGUGAAGCAUAGUUUGCUCGCAUUCGGUGGCAUCCUGCUGCUAGUGGCCAUCACGAAGGUCUCGAUGACGCUGUCUUCUGCGUACUCGUCGGCCUAUCGCAUUUCGAAUGAGCUGCGGGAAAGCUUAUGGUAGUCGUUGGGGUUACCCCCGGGUAAAGGGAAGGGAAGGAGGUCGACAACUUCGAUUUUCAAUAAGACACAACUAUGCACACACAUACACACACACACUCACACAUACACAGGGGGACAAUAGCGACCACAGGAAGACACCGUUGAUCGCACACCUUCGCACUCGGGCCCAAAAUAACAAUCGAUCAGCUUUUCCGGGAUUUCCAGAUGGACGGAGGAGUCGUGUAAAUAGCGAGUUGUAGCGCUGCUGUUAAUGUUUAAGACGAUUAAUGUCCUUCACUCGUAUGUAAGGUUAUGCUUAUGAAUAAACAGAAGGGACGAAAGUUCUUCAAUAUUGAUAACAUAUUGCCGUUCAAGAGAGUGAUAGAGCUCUUUGCAAGACGAAAUUUUGCAUGUCAUAAGAAGACGAAAGAAAAAAAAAUGUGAGAACAGUAAAGGUGAAACAUUUCUAAAGUAAACUAUCUAGUAGUUUCUAUUAGAAAGGAUAUAGACAUGAACUUUGUAAAUAUAUUGCCCUGCUUGCUUCUAAGAUAGCAAUUAAAUUGCUGAAUGCAGAUUUUUGUAGAGUGAAAAAAAUCAAGAUAGGCAGACACAUGACAACACCACUUCAAAUGAUCUAGUAAAAAUGGUUAUUCGUUACUGCAAACAUGUUUCAGAAAAUAGACGAUUAUAAGGUGCGGAGAGCACAUAGCAUUCUAUUAAAAGUUCAGAUGUUUUUGCAAGUCUUUCAGAUGUUUCUAAACAAAAUGCCAUGCCAUGAGAAAAUUCUUUACAUCACGUACCAUGUGCUUGAAUAAAUGUACCUGAAAUUAGCUGAUGAUGAUCAAAAAUAAUUAGUCAUCUCUUUGGAAUUUCUGUUAGUCCUUAAGCAUCCAUUAAUAAGGC